CCCAAAUCAAUGAUGAUAUUAGAGGGGAUGGUCUCCAUUACAUUACGCUGCGAGACAUGGUUUCAUAGAAGUGGUGCAACUGCUUAUGGAUAGCGGAGCGGAUCCAACACUGCGAGCAAAGGACGGUCGGGUGCCGCUGUGUUGUGCGGCCGGCGCCGGACAUUUCCAGGUCCUCAGUUACCUCUUCAAGAAGGAACACAACGCUCUAUCACUGAUGGAAGACAAAUCGUUUUUACUGGAUUUGAUGGUGUGUUCGAAACAACACGAGAACAAACCGAUCCAAGAGUUCAUAUUAGUGUCUCCGGCGCCGAUCGAUACGGCCGUCAAAUUAGCCAAAUGUUAUGAAAACUUAUCCCAAAAAGAAAAGGAUAGGACACGUGAUCUGGAGGCCGCGUGUGAGUACUGCGACCAAAUCGCUACCGACCUGUUGUCAAUCGCGGCGACGACCAACAACGCGGGUCGACUGCUUCGGGCAGUGGACCACAAGGGCACUGAGUUUCUCGAUGUGCUCAUCGAGUUGGAGCGCAAAGACGUGGUCGCCCAACACGCCGUCCAGCAGUACUUGACCAACGUGUGGAUCGGCAAUAUGAAAUGGGCUGGGUGGAAAUUCAUUGUACUAUUCUUCUCAUUCCUCAUAUGUCCCCUCAUUUGGAUAGUGGUCUCGUGUCCGAUAGGCAAUCGACUCUCCAAUAAGCCCAUCAUUAAGUUUAUGCUAUACUUAGUGUCGCACAUAUUCUUCAUUGUGAUCCUCACCUUCACAACAGUCAACCCUUGGCUUCCCCUGUAUAAGAACACCGGGCAGUGGCCCCAUUGGCACGAGUGGUUGUUGGCCACCUUCGUGUUGGGCGUAUUCCUGGCCGAACUGACCAAUCCGGCCGAUAGGGACGGACUCGGGGGCAUCAAAGUAGUGGUGGUGUUUGUGUGCUUCAUAGCUGUGAUGGUGCACCUGAUGGCCAUCGUGUCGGGCCUACUGUCGCUGUUCGACGAGGAGAGGCGUUUGGUGAUGCUGUACAUCCGGAACCAGCUGUUGGCGGUGGCGCUGUUGCUGUCAUUCCUGGAGUUCCUCAACUUCCUGACAUUCCACCACCUGUUCGGGCCGUGGGCUGUCAUCAUCAGAGACCUCAUCAAAGACUUGCUCCGCUUUCUGGCCAUUUUAGGCAUCUUUAUGGUGGGCUUCUCACUACACGUGUGUGCGAUCUAUCAGCCAGUGUUUCAGCCGCCGGACACCAUCAACGGCACACUUCCCAGCGUUGGUCAGGAGUUCCAGUCGCCGGUCGACACGUUUGAGAUGCUGUUCUACGCGCUGUUCGGUUUGGUAGAGCCCGACUACAUGCCGCCCAUGCACUUGAGCCCACCCAUCGCCAAAGUGAUCAUGAAGUUGGUGUUCGGCGUGUAUAUGAUGGUCACUGUAGUGGUGCUCAUCAACCUCUUGAUCGCUAUGAUGUCCAACACAUACCAGCGAAUACAGGCCCAGUCCGACACCGAGUGGAAGUUCGGUCGCGCGAAACUCAUCCGCAAUAUGAACCUCACGUCACCCACGCCUUCGCCCAUCAAUGUCUUCAUUGGCAUCCCUUAUAUGGCGUACCAGAAGUUGGAGCGCAUCCGCAACGAGCGUAAGGGCCGCGUAGGUCUGGCCACAGCAGCUCUGGCCCAUCGGCCCAGUGUUGUGGCCACCAAACAGUGGCUUCAGGGACAGCGACGCGCCUCCAGAGCCACCAGUCAUAUGAGCAGAACGUUGGGCCCAUCCAUGACCGACGAGGGAGAGGCCCCCAAACCCAUCACAGACGUCAUCAACUGGCCAUCCAUUGUCAAGAAGUACCUCGAGUUCAUCGGAGCCAUCGGUGUUGGCGGCGAAGAGCAGGACGACAAACAGGACAACACCGACGCCGCCGACGACUCCAACAGCCAAUCCAACGUCUGAGCAGUAGUUGCAGGUCUACUCCAACACCACCAACACAU